AGGAAAUGAAUAGACGUUAUUUUGCGUAAGAUCUUCACCAAGUUACAAGCUAAACCAGGAAGGAAGUUAGCAGCACUAGGUAGAUGGGAGUGCUUCAGUGACAUGUGCUUGCUUUGGAGAAAAUCAGAACUCUUCAGAUUAGUACUAGGAAUAAUUACCGUGUUUAUUUUAUGUUUACCUGAAUUUUUCAAAAUCCGUGAAGAUAACACUGUCAUUGUAUCGUGCAUGGAUAUCUGUUCAUCAAACAACACCACUUUUCCACUUUGCACUUUUAACAAUUCUUGCAAAAGAUCAGUGCGGCAAAGAGAAAACCAGACUAUUUUACUGAAGGCCAUUGUAAAUAAUUCCAAUUUUCAAAAUGCUCCAUGUAUUUGCCACUCCUCCGAGAGGGAACAACAGUCUCAUGCUAAACAUACAGAGUGUAAAUCCAAGCGAGAUGUAAAUGCCGAUCAUCAAGGAUCAGCACCUAAAAAAAUUUUGUGUUGUGUUUUUUAUUUUCCAAAACCAAAAGGCUCACUUGAAAUGAAAACAGAAGAUACUAUUUAUUUUUAUAAAUAUUUCAAUUUCGUUAUGGUUUCCAAGAAAGAAGAAGUAGAGCAUAGUACUUACUACCUUCUGGAAAUCCACAUCAACAAUUCUAUAGUUGGAGGAAGAAAUGCAGCUGAAGAAUAUCUAAAUCAUUCCUGUCUAGUGGCAAUGAUGGAAGACCAAAAUGACUGUAUAAAUAUUUCACUGCAACUGAAGUCUUAUGUGGAAUAUCCAAUGUGUAUGACGAAGAUCAUUUGGCUCACUAUGAUUCCAGUAGUUUUCGUGUUUACUAUUUCAAUUGUUAUCUGCAAAAUAGCCCAAGAAAAUGAACAAAACUAUUGUAAACAUGGAGUAGCAGCAGCAGUUUCUACGAUUCUAAGAAGAAAGGGUUCCAGACAUGCAAAAAGAACCAUAACGGCUACUAAAAUUCAUCCUUUUCCUG